AUGGCCAAUCUGCUGCUCAAGGAGGCGGCGUCGCACGCGCCCGUGACAGGGGCGGACUAUGAGAACCUCAUGUCGCCUGCACUGCGCACCAGUAGCACCACCAAGCGUCCGGAUCUGGAAGCUGGUGGUGAAGGCAAACAGCCACAAGGCGCGUCGUUCUGGAUUCUGUUGGCAGUGUCGAUGCCCCGUAUGGCUGUCAAUAUGGCGUGGGCCGCGCAAUGGGCUGCACUAUCGCCCUACCUCAGUACUAUGCUACCCAACUACGCCGUACAGCUCACCUCCGUCAUCGGUCCUAUCGUGGGUAUCAUCUUCGGUCCCAUCGUUGGUGUACUAAGCGAUCGCAGUACAUCUCGCUAUGGUCGUCGUCGCCCCAUUCUCGUGGUUAUGGGCAUUCUCAGCGUCAUUUGCUGGAUUGCUAUGAGCUACACUAGCGAGAUCGGCGAGGCCCUGGGUGACGUCGGCAACGGCGCGUCAGGCGAGGAGACGGACCGAACGUGGACGGCUGUCUUUACUAUCAUCUUCUACCUUUGGAUGGACAUCACAGUGACCUGCAGUCAGACCCCGACGAUGCUUAUGGUUGCGGACUUUGCCGGGGAUCGGCAGACGCUGGGUGCUGCUCUUGGUCUCGGCUGGGCCACGAUGGGCGCUAUCAUUCCAGCCGUCUACAUCCAGAUCUGGGGAGCGGCGUAUCUUACGCUGCACUACUUCAUGGGUAUGCUGUGCGUCGUCAUGGUUAUCUGUGUGACUGUCGCUGUGGUCUUCGGCAAGGAGACGCCGUUGGUUGAGACCGACCAGGUGAGCGCCUGUCAGAGCAUUCUAGACGCGUUCAAGACCAUCUACAAAGGCAUCCAGACGAUGCCACCCAUGCUCACAGUGUACGCUGCCAUUAUGUUCUUCGUAUUAUACGGCUACUCGGCAUACAACGGCAACAAGGGACAGUUCUUCGGCCUGGAAGUGUACGGCGGCACUGCGACGAACGCGGACUCGUGCAACCCGUGCACUGCAGAGCAGAUAGCGUACAACAAAGGCGUAAGCAAGGCCAGCGGACUGGGAGAUCUUCUCUUCAAUAUCGUGGGAUAUGCCUUUUCGUGGGGUCUGCCGUUCCUGGUGCGUCAGUUCGGUGCUCGCUGGGUCUUAUCCUGCUCGUUGUUGGCACAGGCGUUGCUUAUGGCGAUGGCUUUUUGCUCCAGCUUGGGGUUUGAUCUCUUCGUCGUGGCUAUUCUGUCCGUGGCGCAAGGCGCUGCCUUCGCUCUAAUGGUGCCUACUAUCAUCCACGUCUUCGGAGGUCGCAGCGACGUGGAUAUCGGCAUGUAUGUCGGUGUGCUGAACUCCGCGAACUGCUUCGGACAGCUUCUUAACUACGCUAUCGGAUCGGCUGUGGUGCAGACGUCGCUCGGCUACAAGUUGCCGGUGUUCUUGGGAGGAGCCAUGAGCUUCCUGGGCUUCUUGGUGGCCGCAUUCCUCUUCAAAAUCAAGAUGCACUCUAUGUAA